UACUGUCUUUGUAGAUAACCCAAUCCAAACCAAAUGCCACUCUCCCUGCUCUCAAGUUCUCCACCCAUCAACCAUGCCAAUAUUCUCUGUAACUCAAGGAUCACUCACACUUGCAGGCCUCUCUGCCUUUCUCUCACAACAUCAUCAUCAACAACAACAACAACAAAUCUUCGCUACUACUGAUCAUGCAUCUCCAUUUUUCACUAUAACUUCUCCUCUCUUCAUUCCUCCUUCAAGAACUAGACGUUCAACUAAUAAUAUUACUGCUAAAUUCUCUGUCUCUGCCAAUGCCAAAGCUGAAAACUCUAGUGAAACAGCUAUCACCACUGCCACCGACGAAGUUCUUGAACCAUCAACUGAUGCUUUGCGACAGGCUCGGAGGUCUGCUGAUUGGAAGGCGGUAAAGGCUUACUAUGAUGGUGGACACAUCUUGCAGGGAAGGGUUGAAGGAUUCAAUGGUGGUGGCUUAAUUGUUCGUUUUUAUUCUCUUGUGGGUUUUCUUCCCUUCCCUCUGUUGAGCCCUUCACAUUCUUGCAAAGAUCCACAGAAGACUAUCCAUGAGAUUGCAAAAGAUUUGAAUGGUUUACUCAUUUCCGUGAAGGUAAUCCACGCUGAAGAGGAGAACAGGAAAUUGAUAUUCUCUGAAAAGGAAGCUGUCUGGUCAAAGUUUUCUAAAGGAAUUAAUGUAGGGGAAAUUUUUGCAGGAAGGGUUGGUUCUGUUGAGGACUAUGGUGCUUUUAUUCACUUGCGUUUCCCUGAUGGUCUGUAUCAUCUCACUGGACUAGUACAUGUGUCUGAGGUUUCAUGGGAUUUAGUUCAAGAUGUAAGGGACAUCCUUAAUGUUGGUGAUGAAGUAACAGUCAAAAUCAUUGAUAUAGAUCAGGGAAAGUCGAGGAUUACACUGUCAAUCAAACAAUUGGAGGAAGAUCCACUGCUAGAAACUUUGGACAAAGUGAUUCCUCAGGAUGGUUCGAUUGCUCCUGAUCCUCUGAGCAUGCACAACAGCAUUACUAUUGAACCUCUACCAGGGCUUGAAUCAAUAUUUCAAGAGUUAACACGUGAAGAUGGCAUAGAUGACAUAAGAAUUAGCAGACAAGGGUUUGAAAAGCGUGUUGUUUCACAAGACCUGCAACUUUGGCUUUCGAAUGCACCACCUAUAAAUAGGAAGUUUACCCUCCUUGCUCGUGCUGGAAGGCAGGUGCAGGAAAUACAGCUGACAACAACACUUGACCAAGGCGGUAUCAAGAAGGCAUUGCAGCGAGUGUUGGAACGAGUUCCGUGAUGGAGAUUCUUGUAUUCCCAGUUACUUCAUGAGUAUUCUUUUCUUUGUUCUUUUUCUUCUUUUCUUCUGUAUAGAUGUUACUGCAUACUCAAAUUCAGCUACUGUAUGUACAGUAUGUUGUUCCAAAAAUUUUCUGAUUCAUAAAUUAUAAAUUCUGAUUCUUGUGAGAA